AGUGUGACACUUGUUGAUGACCGUUUCUCUUAGACAUGGGGCGAUGAAAACAAUUAACCUUUGAUCAAAAUUUUGCAUGAUAAAUAAAUACUCUGGUUUUCACUGCUUCGCACUUCGCAGCCGCUUUUAUUUUUAAGAAUUUUCACUUUUUGUUAAACAUGAGAUGGGAAAGGGUGGGUGUACAUGGAGGUGGUGGGCCUGGUAAAAGGUGGGGACACACCUGUAACGCUGUCCAAGGAGGUAGGCUUCUCUAUGUCUUUGGUGGCUUUGGCGAUGACAACAGACAUACCAACAAAGUUCAUGUCUUUGAUACUGUUAAUAGAAUUUGGAGCGAGCCAGUGACGAAGGGAGCUUUGCCCUCACCCAGGGACAGCCACAGUUGUACAGCCGUUGGAGAUAAUCUGUUUGUGUUUGGGGGAACAAAUGGGAGAGAUUCUCUUAACGAUUUGCAUAUUUUGGACACUUCUUCAAAUACAUGGAUAUCACCCAGUCUAAGAGGUGAUCCCCCCAAUCCAAGGGAAGGUCACAGUGCAGCACUUAUUGGUAAACGGCUUUUCAUAUUUGGUGGAUGUGGCAACGUUGAUGGCACUGAAAUAUUCUAUGAUGAUGUUUACGUGCUGAAUACAGAGACAUUUAUGUGGAAACGCAUUGAGCCUUCAGGCAUUCCACCAAGUAAACGUGAGAGCCAUUCCUGUUCAUCUUGGAACAGUAAGAUCAUUAUCAUAGGUGGUCAAGACACAUCUAGCUUUUAUCAGUCAGAUGUUCAUAUACUUGACACAGAUACCCUUGCUUGGUGCAAGUUGAAUACUACAGGCCAGAUUUUGCCACCGCGAGCUGGGCAUACAACCAUUUCAUUGGGAAAGAACUUGUUUGUCUUUGGGGGUUUCACUGAUAACCAGAGCCUAUUUGAUGACGUUUACGUGCUUGAUGUUGCUGCUGGUACAUGGAGUGAGGUCAUGCUCACUGGUGAGGGCCCAUCCGCCAGAUUCUCAGUAGCUGGGGAUUGUUUAGAUCCACACCUGGGAGGUGCUCUUGUAUUCAUAGGUGGUUGUAAUAACACACUUCAACCCUUGGAGGACAUGUAUUAUCUACAUACAGGCAUUGUUAGAGAGUCUGAACGAGACGAAAGAAGGAUAGAGAAAUUGUCUUUGAGGAAGCAGUUGAAGUUAAAAUGCCAGAAGCAACAAGCUUUAGCUUCUCCCUGCGAUAAUUCUCUUGAUCGAUUUGAUAAUAGCGCUAAUGUUCAUCACCAACUGCCUGUGAACUAUACACUGCCAAGUCGGCAGAACGAACACCAGACUCCUCUGGGGACGAAGACUUUUCAAGCAAAGGUCACAAAGAGUUUUCCAAAUGGCUAUACCGUUGAAACUGUUAUAGAUGGAAAACGCCUUCGUGGAUUACUAUUUUCCACCAAACCAAGACCUGAACAGACUCCUUGUAAUGAUUCUAUCAGGAAUACGGGAAGUGGCGAAACUGAUAGAGAAAAGCAGAAUGGCGACCAUAAUUCUGUUAGAGAAGUUACAAGACUUUCAGAAACAAAUGUAAAUGACUUCCAGCAAGCAGAUGUCUCAUGUGGGAAUUCUAUCAGAAAUGAGGCCCCAGUUGGAGAUGCUACCACGAAGAGUCCAUUCCCCUCUUAUGCUUCACCAGCCCAUGAGGUUCAUGACGUGUCCCAUGUUGUGAAUUUGGAAAGUGGUAUGGUAACUAAUGCAGUAGAUUACGGUACUAAGGUCUCUAAGGAGAAUUCUUCUGCUACCAAUGACUCGUGAAUCCUUUAUUUAAGAAUCAAACAGCUUGGAAGAAGAUUCUCUCGAUCAAAUUCAUUAAGAUAAGAAUCAAUGGAACACCGAUCAGCCUUGUGCAAUUGUGUCCUCAAGAUGGCGGUUAUUUCUUAGAAUUCCCCUUUCUCUACAGUCCUCCAGGACGGUUUGUCAAUAUGAGAACCAUUUGUGAAGAUUGCAGAGGGAAUUGAACCGCUUUAUUUAUAGUCUGCUUGAGGGUAUCACAUUUUCAUUUUCAUCUGGUUUGAUAUUUUUGGGUAAAGAUUCCCAAUGAUUUUAUAAGCAACAAAGAAUCUUAUUGACUGUGGUGUGGUCACCAGCUUAGCUAAUAGUAGAAGCUUUACUUUCACUAAAGCUGCAAGUAGACAAUAUAAUUUCCAGUCGAGCUGGUUUUUAUUAACUAUGAACUGCU